UCGUCAAUUGGGCUAACAUCAGACGCUCUCUCCUUAAAAACGCUCGCUUCUACCAGAGCAAUGAAAUUCUUCCUGAUCUUAUGCGCUGCAGCACUGGCCGCUGCUGAUCGUCGCAACGGCGGCAGUAACGGCAUCAGUAAUUCUUACUCACUGCCUAGCAACGGCAACGGCGGCAGCAACGGCAUCAGUAAUUCUUACUCACUGCCUAGCAACGGCAAUGGCGGCAGCAACGGCGGCAGCAACGGCAACGGCGACAGCAACGGCAUCAGCAAUUCUUACUCACUGCCUAGCAACGGCGGCAGCGACGGAAGCGAAAACGGUGAUGUCAACGGCUUAGGCGAUUCAUACUUUCCGUCAAAUGGCAUCGCUGACAACGGCAUCAGUAACUCUUAUUCUCUGCCAAGCGGUGGGAACGGCAAUGGAAUCAACGGAGCGAAUGGAAAUGGAAACGGAGUUGUGCAAUCCGGUGCAAAUGAAAUUGGCUUACAAAAUGCAUAUGGAGCUCCACGAAAUGGAAAUGCACAAAACAAUGGCAACAGAAAUGGUAACGGCAACAGCAACCGUUACAGUGCAGCCAGCAACGGCAGACAGAACGGCGCAACAAGGCGCAACGGUGGUAACGGUUUGAAUGGUAAUGGUGCUGGAAGCAGCAGUCGCACUAAUGGUCGUAACGGUGGAACAAACGGUGGAUCCAGCGGCAACGGCUACAGUGCGCCUAGCAACGGCCGCAUCAAUGGAGACAACGGAGGAAACGGCUACAGCGCACCCGCCAACGGAGGCUCAAACGGUCUGUCGUCAGCGUACGGAGCUCCCAGUGCUGAAGAGGAGCUCGCCGAACUGGCCGCCAGUCUUCCCGGUGGAGGAGUUCCUGGAGAAGAUUUCCCAGUGCUAUUCCUGUGCCCCAACGGAACCAUCUUCAACCAACAAUAUUUGGUGUGUGACUGGUGGUUCAACUUUGACUGCAGUCAAGCCCAAGGAUUUUAUUCAGUCAACGAACAAAUUGGAAAAGUUGAGAACAAUGGAGCCUCCGGAACCCAAUCGCUCAACAACGGCUAUGCAGCUCCCACUAAUGGACAAAACGGAAAUGGACUUGCUAAUGGCAACGGACAGAACGUAAAUGGUUAUUCCAACGGAAACGGUUCUACUGGCUUAGAUGGUCUAGGCGGAUCGAACGGCAGUCGCCGUAAUGGGUAUGGGCCCUCAGGAAACGGAAAUCAAAAUUCUAACGGCAACGGCAAUGGUGCAAGUAGCAACGGGAACGGCAACAGGUACGGAGCUGGAAACGGCGUCGCACCUGUGGUGGACUUCCGCGCUAGUACUUACUCCAACGUCAACGGCGGCGCACCAAGUGGCACCGGAUAUUAAGAGGAGAGCACCGAGCUCACUGUAGCAAAGAUGUAUAAUUAUUGUGAUUAAUAUCCGCAAUGUUCUUUCACGGCUUAUUUUGAAUCAUCUAAUUUAUUUUUCAUUGAAAGAGUACUACGUAUAUAAUUUUUAUUAUACUUAUGUUUGAUUUCAAAAUGAUUUUUCUGCUCAAGAUGACUUUUAUUCUGACACAUGAGCUCGCUUCUUCGUUUUGAAGCUUUUAAUGCGUGCAAGGAGCAUUUUCCCAUUUAUUUCGUCUUAAUCUUUAAAAUUCACUGUGCGGGCAAAAAAUCUUCUAAUAUAUUGUAGAAUUCUAAAUAAGGCAAUGAGUUUACAAUAGACUCGAUCAUUAUUGAAUAACGGUUAGAAGCGGCGAUGUGCCUAUAUAAAUGAGCUCUAAAUUUUACCGAAGUUAGCAACAUAAUAAAUCUUUCACUGUUU